CAGGUUUUCACCAAACAGCUUCCCUCAGUGUCCAACGUUACCAGCUGAUCCCUCAUGAACUCCUGUAGAGGGAGUCAUAAUGGCGAAAGUCGAAGAGGAGCUCUUGAAUACUCUUGAAAAGUUAAAAGAUGAUGGCUUCAAGACAUUCAAAUGGUACCUAGAGCUGGAUGACGUCCUGGAGGGCUUUAAAGGCAUCCCAGUGGCUAAACUGGAGAAUGCAGCAAGGCGGGACACAGUGGAUCUGAUGGUACAGAAACAUCAGGAUCAUGGAGCUCUGCAGCUAACAAAGAAGAUUUUAGAAAAGAUCUACAGGAAUGAUCUGGUGCAGAGUUUACAAAACUUCCAACCAGAGCCAAAAGCAGGUGGUGGACGGAAGAAGGUUUUAGGUAGAUACAUGGUCAUUCUGACAAGGAAAUAUCAAAAAACGACUGAUGGAACUGAUGAAUCAGGAAAUGAAACCCUCCUCAAAGCGAUUUACACUGAGGUCUACAUCACAGAGGGAAAGAGUAAAGAGGAUAACGCCCAACAUGAAGUGAGACAGCUUGAAACAGCUUCCAGUACAAAGAUCCUCCAUGACACACCGAUCAAAUGUCACGACAUCUUUAAAGUCUUACCUGGCCAACAGGAACACAUCAUCAACAUUGUUCUGACGAGUGGCGUCGCUGGCGUUGGAAAAACCUUCUCAGUGCAAAAGUUCAUUCUGGACUGGGCAGAGGGCUCCGAAAACAAAGAUAUCAGUCUGCUGAUUCCACUUCCAUUCAGGGAGCUGAACGUGGUCAAAAAUGAGCCACACAGUCUGCUCACACUGAUCCGUCGUUUCUAUCCAACAUUAAAGGACGUCACAGAAGAGAUGCUCGACUCUGAAGACUUUAAAGUUUUAUUCAUCCUUGACGGCCUGGAUGAAAGCAGACUUUCACUGGAUUUCAACAACAGUGAGGUUGUGUCUGAUGUCACACAGAAGUCAUCAGUCAGCAUGCUGCUGACAAGCCUCAUCAAGGCAAAUCUGCUUCCCCGAGCUCUCAUCUGGAUAACUUCCCGACCUGCAGCAGCCAAUCAGAUCCUGGAUCAGAAAUGUGCUGACAGGAUAACAGAACUUGUGAAAUCUACUCAGACUCAGUUUGAUGGUGGACUGUUCAACUGGACUGAACCUGAGGAAACAGCAGAUUCUGGUUCUAUGGCUGCGUCGGUCAUCACUGGGCUGUUCCUGUUCUUCUGUCUACUGCAGUCUGCUUCUGCAGAGCUACCAAUAACAGCAGAACCUGGAGAUAAUGUCACUCUGCCAUGUAAAGCUCCAAACAACGUCAACAUAACAGCUGUUGAGUGGAUCAGACCUGGCCUGAACAGAUCUGACCUUGACCCUGAUAGAUACGUCUACUUGAAGACCGACGGGCACCUGAACACAGCAGACCAGGAUCCAUCUUAUGUGAACCGGGUGCAGCUGAAGGACGAUGAGAUGAAGAACGGUGACCUGUCUCUGAUUCUGAAGAACGUGACCAGCAACGACGAAGGAACAUACGAGUGUUUCUAUGUAGAGGAGACAGGAGGCAAGAAGAAUGAACUCAUCGUCUACCUGAUUGUUAAAGGUGAGUUUGUAGAUGUCCAACAGGUGGAGACUCAGAGGGUGGACAUCUUGGAUUAG